AUGUAUUUCUUUACAUUAUUUACUAUAUGCUCACUUUUGUGCACAUCCUACUGUAAUAUUGUUCCAUUAUAUUUUGUUUAUCAAGAAAGUUGGCCUACAACAUGGUUAUGGAAAUGUAGUGGUACACCAAAUUUACAAGCACAACGCGUUCAGUUGAUUGAAGAAGCAACUGAAGUUUAUUAUGGUACAUUGAUGUCCGGACGAUUUACAGAAGACAGAAAUUUAGAUAUUUUCGUACCACCGAAUAGUAUUUUAAAAUCAAAAAUAUAUUUGGAUAUGAUUGAUUUGGUAAUAAAUGCAACACAUGAUUAUCUUGAAGUAUACAAUAGAGUAUUAGCAAGAAAUACAAAAACAGUUAGAGCUAUACUGGAUAUCAUGUAUAGAUUGGGUUUAUGCUUUCGUGGGAUCGAUCCACAUUUGAAUUGCCCAGAUAUAUGUCGUAGUAAAACAAUCAAAUAUUGUCAUAACAAACCACAUGCUGUUGGUUUUUGUGGUACCUACAUGGAUGACUUAGUACGUAAUAUUAAAAUUGAUUAUGCAGAAGCAAAGAAAGGUAUAGAAAUAGAGAAAAUUUUGAAAAAUUGGUUAUUACAUGUACCUGUUGAGAGGCGUUUACCAAUGCAGUUCUUUCUGCAUUCUCUUAAUGACGAGCGGAGGUUUUUUAAAACCAUUGAAAUUCAACAAAAAAGUUCAUUGACAGCUUAUUGUCCUUGUGGAGCUAAAUAUAUAUAUGAUAGAAUUUCAGAUACAUGUUCAGAUAAGAAAGAACGUGGUUGUCACAGUGAUAGUUACUGUGCCAACGGAGGCACAUGUGUACCGGACUUGGGGACGGAUUAUUCGAUAAAAGGCUUACUUUGUCAAUGUCCACCUGCUUUCAGAGGUAGCCGGUGUGAGCAUGAAAGAGAUCCUUGUCAAUAUGAAAUUGGUUGUGGUCCAUUUCCUUGUGUGCGAGAUCCACGAAAUCUAGAAUAUGGUUUUCGUUGCAAGUGUCCUAAAACACAUCAGUACCAGAGUAAUGAUAGGCCAAGAUGUGUGCCUAUACCAGCUUGUGGUCAAUUCAAUAUUAUCAGUGAAUUAAAAAUGAGAAGGCAACCAUGUGAAAAUUCCGGACAGUGCAUUCAGUAUGCUAGUGAUCCAACUUCGUACAAAUGUAUCUGUACUCAUGGUUAUACAGGUGAUCAUUGUGAGAUUGAACCGUUACCGGCUAUAUGGAGUGUAUGGUCAGCAUGGUCUGAUUGUAUUUGGCCUGACUUGAAUGAAAUAUGUCACAAGAAACCAUAUCGUCAACAAACACGCACUUGCAUAACUAAUGUUAUCGGUCAAAAAUGUGUGGGGGAAACGAGAAAGAUCACACACAGUGGGUGUGAUUUGAGUGCACUUUAUUCAAAAUCACGUAUCAACAACAUAUCACAAACCAGCCGUCAAAAACUAAUAAACGCACUGAAGUUAUGUGAUUUAUAUGGUCAACAAUAUGCCUUACCAUCAAAUGAAUAUGGAUUCGACGAACAGUCUAUAACAGUUGGAGAAGUGGAUGAUCGGAGUACAACCGGUUCACAAUAUGCACCACAAUUACAUUCGAAUGAAUCAGUAAGAAUUGGCCAAUCACCAUCAGCAAACCGGAUCAUGAAACCAGAUUACCUACUCAUCAUAGGAUGGAUAUAUGUGAUUGUGCUACACGUAGGAACAAUGCUUUUAUGGAUUUAUUAUAUACACCGUUGGAGAACAGAAGGAAGGAAUUAG